UAUCUAUCUUUCUCUUACUUGCUUAUCAGUUCAUCCCUUUCUUUCCUUUCCCAGGCUAUAUACACCCUCUCCCCUCCCUUUUCUCUCGCCGCCGGCUUGUCCUCUAUACUCAUUAAGCUUUAGCUGCUGCUGCUGCAGUUUAGCUCUUGAACUACUUUGGGUUUUAGGGAGGGUUUUGGCUAGUUCUUCUUUCAAUUCGGCGGCUGUUGGACCUGUUUGAGCCGUGUUUUGUAUCUGGAUCUGAAUCUCUUGGGAGCCAGGCUGCAAAUGGACACGAGGAAGAGAAGGCCUGACGGGGCAGCAAACAGCUUCAAUGGCGGAUUCAAGAAAUCUAGACAAGGUAAGUUUCUUUCAAGCUGUGCUUUUUAUACCCUAUAUAUAGUGCCCUCCUUGGCCGGUAGGUAAAGCAAUGGACCUGAAGUUGUGGGGGUGAUUUGGGCUACUUUCGAGCUUGUAGCUUAAAGUGGUUCUUUUUUUGUUCUGGGUUACUCUUUACUUAGGAAGUUUUGCUCUUACAAGUUACUACCAACUGGGAUUGUUUCCUUUCUUUCUUAAUUCUGCUGGUUAGUGACCAAGGACAAAGAAAUCUUUAGACUAGUUGGUGAAGACUGGAAAAAGGGUUGCUCUUGAUAUAGACAAUACCCCGAAUCUGUCCUGCCAACUCUUUAAGUGUUUUCCCUGCUAUUGAGCGUUCCAGGGGGUUCAGCUCUUGAGUUCGUGGCCAUAUGGCUGGUGGAGGGUGGGGUAUCUCUCCUGUAUCACUGUAUCUUUGUAGCUCUGUUUUAAGUUCAAUAGACAUUGGUGAUUAUGAAAGUCACUCAAACAUGAUGAUAGUGGAAGUCACUCAAUCAUCCAGUUGUUAAAGAUUUCUCUUUGGGGGUACUUGUGUAGUAAUUCAUGAAAUCUUACCUACUACUUACAGAUAAACGCUAUUAUUACUAAAAAUUUGAUGAGAUUAUCGCAGAGAUUUAAAAAUCUUCAAAACAUUCAACUGAAGAAAGGCAACUAAUGUUUGUUAACAGAAAUGGACUCGUUAUCAACUGGUGUAGGAAGCAAAUCGAAGCCAUGCACCAAGUUUUUCAGGUUCUAAUCCUUUCUCACCUAAAUAAUCAUCUUGGAUUGCAGUAUCACUAUUAAUCAUUACAAAGUUAGUGGGAGAAUUGAAUUCACUACUCAUAACAUUUCUGCUUCUCUAAUGAAAUUGGUAUCAUACCCUUACAGGUACAAAACUUGUAACUCUGCCGUCAUCCUAUCAAGUUAACUAAUUGAUUUAGCGGAGAGAUGUCCUUUUCAUUGGAUAACAACUGCAUCCCAGUAAUAAUUGAUUGCCUCCAAUAGUUGUGGCCCAAAGGGUGCCUCCAGCAUUACUCGAUAAUUUGAGGGAGCUGAUUUUGAUUGUAACAACUGCUUAACUAGACUAUUGAGUAUUGAAUGCUACUGUCGAAUGGUAAGCUAAAGUAAAAGUCUACAAGGUAAGAUGUAAUUGCACCAACUGCAGCACGGUCAUGUGUUUUGAGGCAAAUGGAUGCUAGUUCAUUCCAAAAUCUCAAUAGAUGAUGUUGAUUUCUAAAAGCUUGGUGAACUUAUCUAGGUUGUUUUUGCCUAUGUACAGGCUACUUUCGUGUUUUUGGAAUCUUCGUGAGUUCAGGUUUUUCUGACAUUUAUGAUGUGUUGGUGCUUUUGUGUCAUGCUGGGUUUUCAACUUCAAUCAAUGGUUUUUUCUUAUGCCGUGUUCUCAUGCAUCUGCAUUCCUUCUCUUCUCUAUUUUUGAUCAAUGAAGCUAUUACUUCACUAUGGUAUAGUUUUCCUCUGGGUUCGAUAUAUGCCUGGCACAAUCUUAGUGUUCUCGACUUUUCUUUGGGGUUCAUAAGACUUAAGCCAUCAUUUUUGAAUGCUUAUUCCAUGAUGAUUGCUUUCUGAGCUGAAUUUUCUCCGUAAUGCAGUACUGCUGGCUGUCCAUUCGGCGAGGGUUGCCACUUCCUGCACUAUGUACCGGGUGGGUACAAUGCAGUGGCCCAACACAUGAACAAAUCCAGCACACCCAUGCCAAAGAACAACAUGCCCCCACCUCAACCAGUCUCCAAUGGCUCUAAUAAUGCACCCUCAAUCAAAAACCGGAUGUGCAACAAGUACAACACCGCUGAAGGAUGCAAGUAUGGCGACAAGUGCCAUUUUGCACAUGGUGAGUGGGAGCUUGGGAGGCCAAUUGCUCCGUCUCACGAUGACCAUCACCGUAUGUCUGGCCCACCUCCUCCUGGUCCCCGAAUAAUGAACCGGAUGGAGCCGCCCCCACCAGGCCCACUAGUGGGCUUUGGCGAUACAGCUACUGCAAAGAUCAGCGUCAAUGCGUCACUUGCGGGGGCUAUAAUUGGAAAAGGAGGCGUGAACUCGAAGCAGAUAAGCAGGCAGACAGGAGCCAAGCUGUCGAUCAGGGAGCAUGAGACGGAUGCUAAUCUUAGGAACAUCGAGUUGGAGGGGACGUUUGACCAGAUUGGUCAAGCCAGCGCGAUGGUGAAAGAGCUGAUUGCAAAUGUAGGUCCAGCUGGUGGCUAUGGCCAUGGCCACAGCUAUAGCAAGCCAUCGGGUGGGUUCUCGGGGGAGAAGCAUCAUCCAGGAAGCAACUAUAAGACAAAGAUAUGCGACAAUUUUAACAAAGGGGCUUGUAGCUUCGGUCAGAGGUGUAAUUUUGCUCACGGGGCAGCUGAACUGCGCAAGACAGGGGUAUGAUUGUUUUGGUGUUGAGUCUUUUGCGUAGCUUGGUAGAUCGGAUGAACGGGCAGUGUGCAGUCGUUGUACUAGUGAGGGUUUGGAUUAUGUUUGUCUGUUCUGAUACGAGCAGAUUGUAGCUUCUUCGCUGUUUCAUUGUUUUGAGUUAGUCUUGUAUUUACCUAGAAGGUACCUCCCCUUCAUUUCUGGACCUUUUUUCUUCGCUUCUUUUGUUUUUGUGUGUUGCGACAGUAUAUCUCUUUUGGAUCUUGUGUACUCAAUGAAGUCUUUGAAGCUUA